AGUCCAUCAGACACAUCGAUAUUAUUGGAUUGGUGUUCUCGAUAACUAUUGCAAGAAAUGGAAUGCAUUUUUCCGUUGCUUAUAUCUGGUAGCCAAAUUAUCUUUUCAGGUGGAGGAUUGCAAAUGAGCCGAGCUUUAUAAUGUUCAGGUUUGUUCGUUAAGGUUUUUGGCAAACUUGAGCUCAAGCUCAACGGAAAUUUGACGAGUCAAGCUUGCGAGAAACGGUAUAAGUCUUUGAGGAUUUAAAUUUCCAAUGGACUUUACCAACGCAAGUGCCCCUUUGCCUCGAGUCGAGGAAGAGACACAACUGCCACUCACUCUGGUGGCAACCACUGUGAAAGUGGAGGUUACAGACGGUGGUAUGAACGAAAACUCAGUAAAUGGUGGUGGGGUCAGGAGCGGUGAAGGUUCAGUGGCAGUAGAGGAAGGUGGUGGAGAAUCAGGAGAUGUGGAUUCAACGGUACGGAGAAAGAGGGGCAGACCAAGAAAGUAUCCAGUGGAGUCACGAGAAUGUUUGCCUUCCCUACAAAAUCUUGUUCCGAAAAGGGGAAGGGGACGGCCUCCUGGCACCAAAAAAUUGCAAUUGGCCACUAUGGGUCGGGUUUCUGUAGACACAGCUGGAGGAAACUUCACUCCCCAUGUUCUGAACAUACUAGGGGGAGAGGACAUUUUUGGAAGAAUAUUGUCAGUAGUUGUUCAGGUGAGUCCUCGAUCUGUCUGCAUUCUCUCUGCUGUUGGCGCAGUUGCAAUCGUGGAUAUAUGUCCGGCUGGUUGCUUUGGCAGUGAUGUUUUAAGAUACGAGGGCCACUUUCCAAUUGCGAUACUGUCUGGGACUUUUACUUUAACUGAAGCGGGACGCAGAAAAGGCCGUUUAACUGUUGGAUUGGCUGAUGCUGAUGCAAGUGUUUUUGGUGGUCUGGUUGUGGGAUCUAUAAUUGCAGCUGAGCCAACUCAAAUCGUUCUAGGAAGUUUCAAGGAGAGCAAGAAGACUCUUCUCAAGACGGAGUCUGCUGAAUCUUCAACUGCUGCUGAUGGUUUGGGUAGGUUUAGAGUUCCGCCAACAACCGUCCAGUUACCAGAAGAAAUUGAAGAGAAGUUCAUUGCGACACCCCUUUCCCCUCACCCCAAACCACCAAAUGGCAAUGCAAAUCAAGAUGUGGAUCGUGCCUCUCUGCAGAAUUCUGAUCAAAACGCUUCAGAACCGUCAGAUCAUGCCUCAGAUUCAACUACGCCUGACAAUUGAAGUGUCGGUGAGGGCUUUCCUUUUGUUUGUGUUGUUGGGAGCAUUUGGCAGCAGUGAAAGGUAUUCUACCAGUACCGUUUAAUAAGAAGACUUAUGGACCUUGUUUUCUUAUGUCUAUUUAUGAUUCCCUUUGGCAAACCCUAGUGGAACUCGGGAGUGAAUUAUAAACUUUGUUGGUUUAAGAUGAUUGAUGGACCUUUUACAUUGGAUAUUGGUAUCUUGUUAAACAGCAGCAUUUAGUUAUUAUGGUUAAAAUUGUUAUAACAGGCUGCAUACUUGGUGCUCGCGAGGCAUUUUGAUUUGCUUUAUC